UGCCUGAAUUUCUCCAACUUCACCCAUUUCUAAUUUCAAUCCUGAAAAGUAAAAAAGAAACAAAAAUAUCCUAUCAUUUUGUUCACGAAACACGAAGCUAACAAAUCAACACAGUAAACUAGGGUUCCCAAAUUCCCUCUUCUUUCUCCCGGAUUUCGUAUUUGAGAGAAAAGGGAAGAUUUGUGCAUAUCUAUUUGAAAGAGGGAGGAAUUUGCAUAUCAUUAAUUGCGGUUUAUGGGUGUUUUGGUUUGUGAUUUUUUUUUAUUUUUCAAUUUAUGGGUUAUUCCUAAUUUAGGGUUUUGAGGAGUUUAUUGGAUUGUGUUAGUCGAUGGAUUCUGAAAGUAUGAUCCCGUCUACCAGCGUGGUCAAAUGUUGUGAUUGCGAGUGCAAUUGCUCCAUAACGAAUAGUUCAUUUUCGGGGAAUUGGAUACGGACUGUGAAGCGGAAAUUUGAUGAAUAUGAUGAGAUUGAGAAGAAAUUUGUGAUCCCAGGUUUAAUUUUGCCGCAAACGGCUCGUAUAGAUAUGGGAAAUGAGUGUAUUGCUUUAAGGGAAAUGGUUUGUGGACAACAGGAGACGAUUCAGGAAUUGAGCGUUGAGUUGGAGGAAGAGAGGGAAGCGGCAUCCUCAGCUGCUAAUGAAGCGAUGUCGAUGAUUUUGAGGUUGCAAAGGGAAAAAGCUGAGUCACAAAUGGAAUUUAGGCAAUUCAAAAUGUUUACGGAGGAGAAAAUGGCACAUGAUCAGCAAGAGAUAAUGGCGUUGGAGGAUUUUUUGUAUAAGAGGGAGCAAGUGAUUCAGUCGUUGACUUGUGAGGUGCAAAUGUAUAAGCACAGGAUGUUGAGUUAUGGGCUAUUGGAGUCUGAGGUUGAGUAUGAUGGUGAGAAAGAGCAUGGUCAUUUUAGCCGGAACAAUAGUGUAGGUGAGAGUUCCGAUGGCCGCUUUGACAUUCCUUCUUAUGAUUACCCUCCCUUGAAGUGCACUAUAAAUGAGAACCAAGUGAAUACUGAGGUUGAUGAUGAGGCUGUCGAUGUUGAGAAAUAUGCAUUUGGGGAAGCCCCACGAUCAUGUGAUCAUUUGCGAUAUCUGGAGAAGAGGAUCAAUCAGUUGGAAACAACACCAAGUAGUCGGACUGAUGGAGAAGUAUUUAACAACAAUAUCCUUGAAAAAGCAAUAGUUGCUCAGUCUCCUUUUGUACCAAAUAAAGAAAUAUGCUCAGAUUUCAUCUCAGGUUCUCCGAAGUUUAACGGAAGUGUUAGAAAAGCAGAAAAUUCGCAAACAGAGGAGUAUGCAAACUUGAGGAAGGUGGAUGAGUCAUCAGAUGUUGGGGAUGAAAUGAGUGACAGGGUUUAUACAAUUGACUCUAUACAUCAGUGUGCUGGAUAUAAUGGUAACUCAGAGACCAAGGGUUCUGUCCAUACCCCAAGAGAUUCCCUAAAUCAUACAGAUUUUGGAGAUCCUGAGGUCACAAAGCUUUACCUUAGGCUGCAGGACCUUGAGGCUGAUCGGGAAUCAAUGAGGCAGGCUAUCAUUUCUAUGCGGACUGAUAAAGCACAGCUGAUAUUGCUUAAAGAAAUUGCUCAGCAGUUGUGCAAAGAAACGUCUCCAGAAAGGAGGACACCUGUGAGGAAGACAUCUGUAAUGAAGAGCUUUUCUUUCAUCUCCAUAUUCAAGUGGAUAAUGUCCUUUGUCUUGUGGAGAAGGAAAGCACAUCGAUGCAAGUACUUGUUUGGUUUGACAGCCAACAGGGUGGGCUUGCUUAUGCUGUUAGACAAGGGACCUCGUGUCGGGCAAUGGAGAUGUCUUUCAAGUACGCAAGUGUGAAACCAAUACUCAUUGGUCCACAGCGACUUCCGCAUCUCUUAUGCUUAUCGGCAUGAAUGCAAAGCGGAUUUUAGUCAGAUUAGUUGCUUUUGGAUGUUCAUUCAUUUGUUCUCGCCCUAUCUGCCUUGCUGCUGCUAAUUUGGGUACUGGAUUACUUUGUGCGUUGUUCUUUUCACUUGUUUGUUGGAAUUGAAUACAUCUUGAUGAAACAUUCGGCAAAAAUUAUAGUUGUUUCUCAGCCAUCUAGAACUUGGAUCUUAUGGCUUGGUGGAAUUUUACUUUAGGUUAGUUACUUUUGUAUAUUGUAGAUUUGUGAAUAAUCUUUUUUGGGGCCCCUCACAAUACAAAAUGAGUGUUUUGUUUGGGAUUGAAAUGUAGUUGAUUGAUUGAAUAGAAU